AUGCGCACAGCGCAAUGGGCGCUGGCACUCGCGGCGCUUUCGUUGGUGAUUGCCGAGGAUGGUUGGUCCAGCCUGGCACCGUUCCGUUACCUUUUGGCUGUAACAGUAAUUACGCUUGCGGCCAUCUUGGUUGUGGGGAUGCUGGAGUGGCACAACAGAGCCAGACAUCUGGCUCUGUCCGUCAACAUCCUGUUUGACUUCGUAUGGAUCCUUUUCUGCGCCACCGCGGCCACGUCGGCAGCUGCGGGACUGGGGCUCCGACACCGGUUGAGGAUGAGUUGUGUACGACAUCAUGACUGUGCCAAACUCAAGGGGGCCACGGGUCUUGUGUUUGGUAUGGCCCUCCUGGGUUCCCUGAGCCUGCUGUACGAGGUGCUGUUGUGGCGGGCUGGACACAGCGGACUGGGUGCUGACAGCCGCAUCAACCUCGCGAUCGAGUACAUGCGCGGAAGUGCUGCCGGCGGUCGGGACAAGAGUACGGCAGCGCCGCCAGCGGGACCGCACUGGGAGGCGGCGGCGGCGCCGCCGCCGCCUCCACCGGUCGCUUUCACAGUCCCUGGCGUUGGCGUCGUCGACGGCCGCGACGGCGUGAAAGUGCCGCCGGAGUCCAGGCCCUCGUGGAUGGCGGCGUUGGACGAGGUGCUCAGGGUGGCCCAAGCUGCGCUGACUGUUGGCUGCCUGGCCUCCAUGGCGUGCUUGAGGAACUACAGCUGGACGACCGUGUACGGCUUUUUGGUGGCGGUAGCGGGCCUAGGCCUAGGGGUAGCGGUAGUGCUAGGGGUAUGGCAGGCGCUGCGGGCGGUGGCGGCGGCGCGGGCCGCCGACGGCGGAAACGGCGGCGGCGGCGGCGGCGGCGUCUGUGGCGUGUGGAUGCUGGGACACACGCAGAUGUACUUGGUCUCGUGCGCGACGGCGGACCUGGUAAUGUGGUUGCUCACCGCCUCCGCCGCGACCGCAGCAGCCGCUGUAACGACACUACCAUGCGUGGUGAAGACGUACAAGCGCGGCAGAGUGGUGUACCGCUUCGUACAUACAGGCUGCUCUGGCCAUGAUCGUGGAGCAGCGGCGCUGGGACUCCUGGCGGGCCCAGUGUGGCUGGCGGCUGCAGUGUUGUCGCUGGCGGCGGCGCACCAAGGCGCUCGCGCCGCAAAGCGGCUGCGGCGUCAGCAGGCGCAGCGGCGUGAGGCUGCCGUACUCAUCAAUAGCGGCGCCGCUGCAGCAACUUCCGAAUCUGUCGCAGGGCCCCCCCGGGCUCCCCCGGCCGGAGCAUGCAACGGCAGCAGUGGCAGCGAGCAGAGCUCCGCCACGGAGUACGACACUGGCGUCAGCGGUUGCGGAGGCGUCCCCGAGGUUGGCGGAGGGGGCGGUGAUGAAGCGGGCGUCGGCGUCGGCGUCGGCGUCGGCGUCGGCGGCAAGGUGUUUGAUCGAAUUGGGCCUGAGGCAGGCACGGGGCUGCGUGAGCAAUGGAUUGUACGGGACGAGAUGCCGUACAUGCCGCCGCCGUCGUCCGGACGGGGUGUCGGGGGGUUUUACCCGCCGCUGCCGCCGCCAAGCUGGAGGGGCAUCUUCUUCUUUAUGCGCAAUGGCGGUAGUGUUGGCGGUAGUGUUGGCGGUGGUAGCGGUACGGCACCUGGGGAUGUUUCGGAAGGGGUGUACGGCGGCCUGGCGGAAAUCCGCAGAGCCUCCGGCACUGCCAACGGCACACCCGAGCUUCAAACCCGUAGCGGCGGCAGCGGCGGCAGCGGCGGCGGCGGCGGGAGGGACGUCGAGUGGGGUGACGGCAGCGAGGGCCUGGAGGUACAACAGGAGCGUGGGGACCUCCGCCAGCCGUGA